AUGGUGAUGGCACUGAAAGGCCGCAGACUUGUUCUGCUGGCCGCGUUCAUCGUCGUCGUUUUUCUCCUCAUAUUUUCGCAGUCCACCGUUCCGGAAAGCUUGAACUGGCCCGACCUCUCGUCUUCUCUUCCCAACGUUGCCAGCAGCAAAGAUUCUAUUCCCUCGAGCAAAAAGGGCAAGGAUGGCUCGCCGGGUAUCGGCCGCUUCCACUUCCUCAUCGCCGCCAGCGCUCCCAAUUUGCAGUUCUGUCGCGCCCUGGUUUCGUCGACUGUGAAUCGAUUCGGCGCCCCCGUCAUUGCAGGAUGGAACGCCACCGGCGAAAACGAUGCCGCUAUUUCUCACUUGGCCAAGAUCCGUGUCGUGACCAAGUACCUUGAGGAUCUUGACGGGGCUGCUGACGAUGAUCUUUUCAUGAUGAUCGACGGUUACGAUGUCCUGCUGCAGUUUGGCCCCGAUGUGCUGAUUGAGCGCUACUUCAAGGCUGUGGAAAUGGAGGACGAGCGCAUUAUUCAGCAACUCGGACCCGAGAAAGCCGCGAACCUCGCCGGCCCCUUAGGACGACACAUUUUCUUCGGCGCUGACAAGAUCUGCUGGCCGAUAGAUUGGCGCCGACCAGCAUGCUGGGCCGUCCCGCCUGUGCCUAACAUGGAUGGCCGGGAGUUUGGCCCCGCGACGAACGGCGGAGAUAUGGCCUACAACCACCCAAGGUGGCUGAACAGCGGUACCAUCAUUGGUCCGGUUAAGGAGGUUCGUGCUAUGUUCCGCGCCACGCUGGACCUCAUCAAUGAGGUUUACGACCCAGAGUACGAGUUCAGAGAGAGCGACCAGUUCUACAUGAGCGAUAUCUGGGGCCUUCAAGAGCUUGAGCGCAUUGACAUGCAGAAGGAGGAGAACCCAGACGCCCCCGUCAUGCGGCCCCCGGAAGACGGUUUCGUGCCGGAGCUGGAGCCUCAGUACAGUUACAACUUCCACAUUGCGAUGGACUACUGGAGUCUCAUGUUCCAGACGUGGGCUGCGUACAAUGAAUGGGUUGAUUGGCGCAAGUUCAUUGGACCUCUCUACUCUUUCGAGGUCACUCAAAACGUGCGCCACAACUCUGAUUUUGUGCCCUGGCACCUACACAUGCAAGCGGAUGGCAUGAAGUCGCUGAAGCGCAUAUUCAACACUACUGGCGACGAGACCAUGGGCUCAACGGUCAACGAAUUGAUCCGAAAGUCCGAGUUUGGUGCCAACAUAGUCACAAAGCAGACGUUUCCGUUGCUUCACGUUACCGGUGAAAAGGGAGCGCUGGAUGCCUUCUGGCCCCGCAUGUGGUUCUUCCCUUAUUCCCGUUCGUUGAUCCGCUCUGCCAUUAUCUGGUUCAAGGGCGGUGAGGCCUACACGGAUCAGCCCAUUAACAACCGGAUAUGGUACCCCGCGCACCCGUACCCAAAGGAAAUCCGGGAGACGGACGGAGGUGCUUUUUCAGAUACCAGCAACGACAACAAGACCGCCUAUUGGCUCGACUUCGAGAAGCUCUGCGCUGAGCACACCAGUAUCCUCUUUGGAGAAGAGUAA